ACACAUGUAUGCAAACACAUUUGCAGACACUGAUGUGUGUGUACAUACAUAUACAUGCACAUUCAUUGUUUUAUGUAUAUAUAAAUAUAUACACAUGUUCAUUAGACACGUUUGUAUAUCUGCAUAUUCACACACACACGCAAUUAUGUCCAGGUGUAUCUGUGCAUGAUGCAUUGCUAUGCAUAUCUGUAAGUUCACCUGAAUAUCUGAAGUACUAUUUAUGUUCAUAGAUAAGGUCCAGCAAAAAUAAAAAUACGUCAGCACACAUGCAGACACAUGCUCAUAUAUACACAUCUACAUAAGUAAUGAUGUAUGUGUAUGUGUGAUUAAUGUGAGAAGACAACAAAACUGGAUAUCUACCUCAUGGUUUAUUUGAGCUGAAAAGUUAGAGCUUCAUCAUCAUCAGCAAUGUCUUCUGCUGGCUAUGGAACCAUACCAAAACAGUCUGGAGGGCCCAACCUGAAUCUUUCAGGAAGAUUAGAUUUGUCUUACUUAAUGUCCCAGCGUGGAGUUCUGAAAGUGCUACAGAUAGUCUUCACUCUGAUUGCUUUCAUCUGUGCGUGUAUCAACCCCUGGUGGACACGUUGGGGUGGUGCAUGGGUGCAGUUUGUUGCUAUUGCUGCAUUUGCUUGGAGUCUCCUUUCUUUCUUCUUCCACAUCUGCCAUGCCUUCAGUAAUCAGAAUAUCCAUCGUUUUCAUGUAGCAGAAGCCAUACUCUACAGUAUAUUUACAAUAUGUUUGUUGUCUGCUGGUAUCAUUGCUGCAAUUAGAGCUUACAGCCGAAGUAGCAUAGUAGCAGCCACAAUAUUUACCAUUAUGUCUACUGUCCUAUAUGGUGUUGAAUCAAUUCUUCUAUUCCGUGACUGGUCAGAUAGUCGUGGCUCAAAUUCUUCAGCUGAAAGACCACAACCAACUACAUCAGAACCACCAAGUAAUCCCAAUGUAUAAGUUCCUCCAGUUGAAUCUCAACCUUUUUGUCUCCUUUUGUAAUAAAUAUAAUACAUUUUUAAAAAAACAUUUGAUAUAAUUUUA